CAGUGGUUGUGUGCACGUAGAGCUGGCUAGACAACGAGCGUCCCGGGAAUACAAACGAUGCAGCAAUUUUUCAACAACAGCGAAAUCUUCGUCACCGGCGGCUCGGGCGUCGUUGGCAAGGCGGUGAUCGAGAAGCUCUUGCGCUCCUGCAAUGUGAAGCGCAUAUAUGUGCUGCUGCGUCCGCGUGGCCAGCUCAAUGCCGAGCAGCGGCUGCUCAAGCUGCGCCAGGCCAAAGUCUUUCAAGUGCUGCGCGUGCAGAAGCCUCAAGAGCUGGACAAGCUGGUGCCCAUAGCAGGCGACGUCUCGCUGCCACAACUUGGCAUUACGCCAGAGGAUGUGCGUCGGCUUGCGCAGGUCUCGUUGGUGUUCCACUGUGCGGCCACGGUGCGCUUCGAUGAGCCGUUGCGUGUGGCUUUGCGCCUGAACGUUGGUGGCACACUCGAAGCCAUUAAAUUUUCUGAGCAGCUACGUCAGCUGCGUGUCUUUGUGCACGUCUCGACGUUCUUCAGCAAUCCGUACUUGCAACGUGUCGAGCCCAAGUACUACGACUCGCCCAUGGACUGGCGCAGCUGUCUGCGUCUGCUCGACGAGAUUCACGACGAUGACAUGCUGGAUGCACUCACUCGCAAAGUCAUCGUGGGCUUUCCCAACACUUACACCUUCACCAAGAACCUGGCCGAGUCGCUCAUCAAUGAUUAUCGCACGCGUCUGCCGCUUAUCAUUUGGCGCCCCUCAAUUGUGCUCUUCUCGGUGCGCGAUCCCUUGCCAGGCUAUGCGCCCUCGCUGAUGGGCGCCAUGGGCUUGUUCUCGCUGGUAGGCGCUGGUCUGCUCAAGACGGUCUACAUAGGCGACAAUAUACACUUGGACAUAACGCCACAGGACAUGGGCGUCAAGGCGCUGCUCUACUAUACGAAAUGCGGCUAUGAGGCUUAUCGCAAUGGCACACCCAAGGAGCUGUUGGUCUAUCAGUCCUCGUCAAAGACGCACAUACCGCAUACGUUUAAGGAAAUGGCCAAUCAUAUGGACAAUCUGAAUCUUUGGUAUAAUGCUGCUUUUCUCAAGAAUCUAUGGGCACCUGGCUGUCAUUAUACGCAGAGCCGUUGCGUCUAUUUGUUCUUGGUCUUUACCAAGCAAGUGCUGCCAGCGCUUUUCAUAGAUACGCUGCUGUUCAUCUGCGGACGUAAGCCGCUUAUAAUGGCCAUUAUGCGCAAGUGCUACCACACGCUGGAAGUCAUGAAGCCCUUUAUGUUCAACAACUACGACAGUCCAGGUGCCACAGACUUUAAGGGACUGCUGGAGCUUAACAAGGACACGGAGUUCGAUUUGGCGGAGGAGUACCACAAUGCGGCAAGUGCAGAGCAUUUGACAUCGGCAUGCAAUAAUAUGAUACAGAGCGUGCGGCGAGAUUUGCUGAACGAGAAUCCCAAGACAGUGGGACUAGCGCAGCGACUAAUACGCAUCAAACUGUUCAUUUGGCAUGUGCUGCGUCUCUUUGUGCUCUAUAAGCUGCUGAGCUGGUUUUAUUAUCGCUUUAUGCGCUAGAAGCAGCAGCCAACUACUUAAUCCCCCUUUUCUUUUUUUUUUUGUACUAUUUUUUUUUUCCUA